UACUGACAAUACUUGACAACCCACAGAAGGUACAUAAUUUUGUGAUAUAUCUUUCUUGAAAUGAAAUUCGUAGAUAUCGUAGUAAUUAAAUUACAAUAGUACUAACUUGUUGUCUAUAUAUCAGGUUGAAAAUCUGAAGAUCACAGAUUCGAACACAAUAUUUUUACACAAAAUGGAUCCUAAAGAUACUAGUGAACAUUUGGUAGCCUUAAAAGUGAUGAGGCUCACAAAACCAGCUCUGAUAAGUCCGGAAAUCGUAACGUGUGAUUCCAAAGAUUUGCCAGGUAACAUAUUCAACAAUUUCCUCAAGGAUGAUGCUACUGCAGUAACUCAAAUGGAGACACUGGCAGCUGGUCAAUUCCUAUUGUUACCGCAGAGUUUCGGUAACAUUUAUUUAGGUGAAACAUUUUCAUGUUAUGUUUGUGUUCAUAAUGAAACCAAUCAACCUGUUCAAAGUGUCUCAAUUAAGGCAGAUCUUCAGACAAACUCUCAAAGGAUACCUCUCACAACCCAACAAAGUCAGACCCCCUCAAUGCUUGAUGUAGACGACACACUUAGUGACGUUAUACACCAUGAAGUCAAGGAUUUGGGCACACACAUCCUAGUUUGUGAAGUAACCUACAUGUCAAAUUACAACACCCUAGCCUCAUUUAGAAAGUUCUUCAAGUUUGAAGUAAUGAAACCACUUGAUGUCAAGACCAAGUUUUACAAUGCUGAAUCAGAUGAUGUUUACCUAGAAGCUCAAGUUCAGAACAUCACAUCUGGGCCCAUCACUCUUGAUCAAGUCUCACUGGAGAGCUCACAGCAAUUCACCGUAAAAUCCUUGAAUGAGGAUGAAAAUGGAGAUUCUGUAUUUGGUGAUGUUACGUUAUUACAACCUCAAGAAAGUUGUCAAUACUUGUAUUGCCUGACCCCGAAGGAAAACAUUGCUAAUGAAAUAAAGCUUUUGGCUUUAGCAAAGAACAUUGGCAAACUAGACAUUGUAUGGAGAUCAAACAUGGGAGAGAAAGGAAGAUUGCAAACUAGUCAACUUCAAAGAGUUACUCCUGAUUAUGGGGACAUAAGGUUAACUUACGAAAGCUUGCCAAGCAAAGUUGCAGUUGAUGAGCCUUUUGAUUUUAAAUGUAAGAUAGUCAAUGCCAGUGAUAGGACAUUAGAGCUGAUUCUGAAGUUGCGGUCCAGUACCGACUCAAGUCUGCUGUGGUGUGGUAUUUCUAACCGGAAACUGGGCCCACUGGAACCAGGCAAGGCAGUGCUGGUGGACCUCACUGUGCUGCCCAUGAAUACCGGCUUGCACAACAUCACUGGAGUAGCUUUAGUAGAUUUAUUCUUGAAAAGAACAUAUAAUUAUGAUGAUUUGGCAACUGUAUUUGUAUUUUAAAUUGUUUGUAAAUAUUUCCAAUGAUGCUAUGUUUAUAUACAGCUUUUAAGUGACUCAUUUUGUGCUAUGAAUAUUAUAAUAUUGGGUUAAUUAUUUUAAUUAAUCUAAAUCCAAUAGUCCAGUAUUAAGGGCAAUGAUAUUUAGAUUAGAGAAACUUUUUUUAUUCUAUGUAGAUUAAUCAUCCAAACAAACAUCCUUUUUGAAUGAAGUUAGAAUUGGCUAGAAUCAAAGGGCCCCUUUGACAGUGGGUAAAAUUUGCAUAUUUUGCUUAAAUUGUUAUGAUUUAAUUCAUUUCACAUCAGCAUUACAUCUUGUAGAAAUAACUUUAAGGGAAAUGCAUAAUACAAUUGAAUUAUUAUUGAUUAACAAUUUAACAGAAAUAAAUUAUAUGAUCUUAAA